GGGACACCGGAUGCUGAGCUGGAGUUGCCCAUCAACCGCUGCGUCGUGCGGGACAUGUGGAAAUUCGCUCAGAACAAUGCCAUCACCCGGGCCGCCCUGGGCAUCUUCGGAAAGCUGCAGAGCUCUUCGGCCUUUGGAGGGCGCGAGGAGGACAUCACCCUCCUGGAGCAGCGGUUCCGCAGCUUCGACGAGCACAGCAGCGGGAAGAUCUCGGCGGAGACCUUCAUUAAGGUUCUCAAGGAGUCCUUGCAAGUGCAGAUCUCCAGCAGCGAGGAAACGGAGUUCUUCGAUCGCAUCGCCGAUGUGAGCCUCCCUGCCGACGAGGAGGAGGUUCAGGCUGAGGAUAUCUCCAAGCAUUGCGACCGAUGGACGCGAGAAGUGAACUACAAGGAGUUCAUCCUCAUAACCAAGGCGCAGCGACGGAACAUCACAACGGCGGCUAUCCGAGAAGUCUUUAGGGCUUUCGACGAGAACGGCGACGGGUAUAUCAAGGAAGACGAUGCCCACAGCUUGCUGGGUCAGGAGUUCAAAGACACUAUCAGCAGUUAUGUCAACAAGCUGGGUAAGGAUGUGAUCGACUAUCGCGACUUUUCCAAGCUCGUCUCCUUGGAGAUCUCCAAGGCAGAGGACCAGAAUCACAGUGAGGAAGCCAAGGCGGACGUUCAGAUCGUCGAAGAUCCAGAGGCCGAUCCGGGUGAGGCGCCCUCACACGGUUUGGCAGAGGUCCCUUCCACCUGCCCUCCGUUGGCACGCGAAGUGUCGCCAACAACGGUGGUGACGAAGAGGAUAGAGCCAGAUGUGAGGGAGGGAGCGCUUCCUAGCCUUGAGUCGGUGCGCAGCGGCAGCCACGAUACGACCGAGGAGUGCGAUGCCGACGCACAGAGUGAUGAGGAGCAGCUCGUAAAUGUCGAAGAGACAUCCGAGAACGACCCUGCGCGCUCGCAAGAAACCGAGAGCAAGGAGAUCAUCAAAUACAAGGAGUCCGGGUCGUCCAACCGAUGGACCAACUCCUUCUCUCUGUCCCUCGCCGGGUCGUCGGAAUACGACGACUCUCACGCUGGUGGGGGCUUGAACCGGGUGAUCUCCCGGCCGUCGGAUAUCUACUACAUCAAGCAGCUCCCUGGCUUUCAUAAGAAGAUCCUGCGCCCCUUCUACGCCGCACGGCCCGUGAGCAACGUCGUCAUGGGCCUCAUCCGUGGGACAUCGCUCUACGCACGGCAGAGUGUGGUCAGCAAAAUCGCGACCAUUAUCCACACAAAGUGUGGCUCCUUCUUCAUCAUGCCGAAUCCGAAAUACCACACCGAGGUGGAUGCCCGGAAGGGCCUUCUCUCGAAGGAUGCCGGCAAGUUUCGUUUCGUUGCUUGGUGGAUCCAUCCCGGCUUCGUCCAGACCAUCAAACAUUGGUUCCAGAAGCUUGAGUCCGAGGAGCGGCGGACGUUGGGUUCGCGGCUACAAGGCGCUGGCGAGGAAGGCCAACCGGGGGCCCCUCCGAUGACGACUCCGGCAGGGCGUGGCUCCGGUGAUUUCACCGCGGGAACUCCGGGGCCGACUGGGGAGAAGGGCCGGGAAGGAAAUGCGAACCCAGGCAUCCUCAAUGUGGACGGGAACUUCUUGAAUGCACCCUAUGACGAUCCCUCCGCCCAGAAGGGUGGCGAGGAGUUCAUGGGUUCGCCGGGAGACUUCCGUUUCAGCGAUGUUCCCAAACCUGAGAACUACCUCCACACCUACCGGGACCUGUACACAAAGGAUCAUGUGAUCAUGCUCCAGCAGCUUAUGGAAGGCACUAUGCGCUUUCUUCGCAGUCUGUUUGACGAGAGCUUCAUCAAGAACUGGGAGUUGAACGCUGGCUUCCACUACCCUGUGCGGACGCAGUAUGCGACACUGCACAUGCACGUCCGAGUCAAUUCAGGACCCUUCUGCCGAGAAGACGGUCGUGGGAUGGACGCCCAGAAGCUCAUGGAGAUUCUCCGGGCUGACCGGACGAUUUUCGAACGGGACGAUCAGACGAUGAAGUAUCAGGUCACAGAGAACGCGAAGGUUUGCCUCCUUGCAGCUGCCCAAGAGUACGAGGCUGCCAACGAUUCACCACAUCCGUGCCAUCAGAUUUCGCCGAACAUGUUCGAGCUCGGGCAUCAUGCAAUGCCAACCAUCCAUGACGACGAAGAUGAGGAUGAAGAGCAGGGUCCGCAAGAGAGAUCGGAGUCCCCGUCCCUCCCGGAUUUCCAGAAGCUCUAUCCCUCACACGUCUUCGAUGCUAACAUCCAGCUCUCUCAGCUGGAUGAUGCGUCGAAUCAAUAUCUGGUCAACGUGCAGCCGACCCUGGGGUCGGCGUUCUACCAGGUCUUGUACAAACUCCGAAAGCAGAGCCGAGAAAGAUACGGGCCCGAUCCGACUCACUUGUACCCGCUGCACGUGUCUGUGACGGGCUUCUUCGAGGCAUGCGGUACUCAGCUGCGCCAGCUGGUUACAGGCAUGACCGAGCUCCUGCAGCAGGAGUUGGCUGGCGAUAAUGCCAUCGAAGUCCGCGAGGUCGUUUGCACUCCAACUGGUUACGUCCUGUACGACAUGCACGCCCCAGCCAUCAGCAGAUUUUCCCAGAGGCUCAACGCCUGGGCGCAGCAGGAGCUGGGCUUGUGCGUCCGCCCCAAGGCAGUGAACCACAUUUCCUUGGCAUCCAACAGGCCCGAUGAGGCAUCCAGAGACAACAUCAAGCAAAUAUUCGAGCCGGGUGGCGACUCGCAAGAAGGCCUUGAUGUUGCUGGUGCCAUCAAGACGGCAACCUUCGAUCUGGUCUUCUCGCGUCUUCUCCAAAGGGGUUCCUUCGAAACUUUCGACGAGGAGGGGCCACAUCGCUUCAUGGAGGUUGCCCGGAUUCCAGUGACCAGAAGCACCAGCGCUUAG